AGUGAGAUAGAACAACAAGUCCAUGAUGGCGGCGAGCAGGCGGUUGCACAAGGAACUUGAUGAAAUUCGCAGGUCUGGAAUGAAAAAUUUCCGCAACAUUCAGGUGGAUGAGGCGAACAUUCUGACUUGGCAAGGCCUCAUCGUUCCUGACAACCCUCCAUACGAUAAAGGUGCAUUCCGGAUCGAGAUAAUAUUCCCUGCAGAAUACCCAUUUAAACCUCCGAAGAUCACAUUUAAGACAAAGAUCUAUCACCCAAACAUUGAUGAGAAGGGUCAAGUGUGCCUGCCUGUCAUAAGUACUGAGAACUGGAAACCUGCAACCAAAACGGACCAAGUAAUCAGGUCACUCAUCGCCCUCGUCAACGACCCCCAACCAGAGCACCCAUUGAGGUCGGACCUCGCAGAGGAAUAUUCAAAAGACCGUAAAAGAUUCUUCAAGAACGCAGAAGAGUUUACAAAGAAACAUGGCGAGAAGCUGCCAGUGGACUGAUAUCACAUGGGCGUGUCGCCCGUGUUUCUCCUUUGCCCACUCCUCUAAAACCGUCUCCCCCAUUCUGAGUCCCCGCCAGCCAGCUUGCCCUCUCGUUCAUACCGCAUUGAGCCUCUGGAGCCCAGUGUCCCUUCGGUAGAAAGACUUCUGGGUGUUGAUUGGCUGGUGCAAUGUGUGUAAAUGAGAACUUAAAAAAAUAAAAAAAGUGGUGCAAUAUGGGGCGGGGCUAAGGGGUUGGAAGGUUGUUUCUUUUAAUUUCUUCUAAAAUUGCACAGAGAUGUGUUCAGGUCAUGCAGUCUGUUGUGCGAUACUACAGAGUAUAAUGUUAAGUCCUUUCACUUUCACAUUUAUGACACAAAGCAAAAUCCAAUAGUUCAUCGUAUAGAAACACAAUACAUCAAGGUUCUAAAGGUGUGUGGCAAAUAUUUCUUUUAUAUUUCAUCUGUUUGUUUUUUUGUUAUGCUGUUUGCUUAGGCUACACUGUUUUCUCUGGGAUAAGGUUUUAUGUUCUUAAUAAUCUCAGUUUGUUACUCAUUAAAUCACUGCUUAGUCACUGUCACCAAUAUAAUGUUUAUGAUGUCAUAAAAGGGAAAGCAA